GUGGCUGCCGGACCGACCGGACCGCGAGGCCGCUGGGCGGCGGUCGGCUGCUGCUGCCCCUGCGCCGAGACCCCGCACACCUGGCCAGGUCCCUGGCCCUAACAUGGCGCGUCGCUCCCAGAGUUCCUCCCAGGGGGACAACCCACUGGCCCCGGGGUACCUGCCGCCACACUACAAGGAAUACUACCGCCUGGCAGUGGACGCGCUGGCCGAGGGCGGGCCGGAAGCCUACCACCGCUUCUUGGCUGCGGAGGGGGCCCCCGACUUCCUAUGCCCCGAAGAGCUGGACCAUGUGACUCGCCACCUGCGCCCCCCACAGCACUUGGCCCGAGACGCCCCUGAGGGCAGCGCUCCCGACAUGGACGGCUCCUCGGGCACUUACUGGCCCGUGAACUCAGACCAGGCCGUGCCCGAGCUGGACCUGGGCUGGCCCCUGACCUUCGGCUACCAGGGCACUGAGGUGACCACGCUAGUGCAGCCGCCACCGCCGGACAGUCCCAGCAUCAAGGACGAGGCCCGCAGGAUGAUCCGCUCGGCUCAGCAGGUGGUGGCCGUGGUCAUGGACAUGUUCACCGACGUGGACCUGCUGAGCGAGGUGCUGGAGGCGGCAGCGCGCCGCGUGCCCGUCUACAUCCUGCUGGACCAGAUGAACGCACAGCACUUUCUGGACAUGGCGGAGAAGUGUCGCGUGAACCUGCACCACGUGGACUUCCUGCGUGUGCGCACCGUGGCCGGCCCCACCUACUACUGCCGCACUGGGAAGUCCUUCCAGGGACACGUGAAGGAGAAGUUCCUGCUGGUGGACUGCGCCGUGGUCAUGAGCGGCAGCUACAGCUUCAUGUGGUCCUUCGAGAAGCUGCACCGCAGCCUGGCACACGUGUUCCAGGGCGAGCUAGUGUCCAGCUUCGACGAGGAGUUCCGUAUCCUCUUUGCGCAGUCGGAGCCACUGGUGCCGUCGGCCGGGGCGCUGGCCCGAAUGGACGCCUACGCCCUGGCCCCCUAUGCCGGGGCUGGGCCUCUGGUGGGCGUCCCCGGGCUCGGAGCCCCCACCCCCUUCUCCUUCCCUAAGCGCGCGCACCUCCUGUUCCCGCCGCCCCGCGACGAGGGCCUGGGCUUCCCCUCCUUCCUGGACCCCGACCGGCACUUUCUGUCGCCGUUCCGGCGGGAGGAGCCCAGGAUGCCCGGGGGAGCCCUGGAGCCACACGCGGGGCUGCGGCCUGGCGCCGAGCUGGGCGGCCCGCGGGGCUUCUUCCAGGCGCGGCAGCUGGAGAUGGACGCCUUCAAGCGGCACAGCUUCGCCGACGGUGCGGCCCUGGAGAGCUUCGCGGCGGCGCGGCAGGUGUCGCGGCAGACCUACCUGAGCCAUGGAGACGACUUCCGCUUCCAGACCAGCCACUUCCAGCGGGACCAGCUCUACCAGCAGCACUACCAGUGGGACCCGCAGCUGGCGCCCACGCGCCCGCAGGGCCUCUUCGAGAAGCUUCGCUCCGGCCGCCCAGGCUUCGCCGACCACGAGGACCCGGCGCUGGGCGCGGGACCGCGCUUCCCGGAGCUCGGCCUGGACACGCACCAGCGGCUGGAGUACGUGCCGUCCAGCGCCUCCCGGGAAGUCCGCCAUGGCUCUGACCCGGCCUUGGGGCAGGGCCCGCGUGCCCUGGACCCCGGCGGGGCCGCGCGCCCCAAUCUGAGCCAGCGGUUCCAGUGCCAGGCCGCAGCCAAGCAGGGCCCGGAGACCCCCGCCGCCGAGGCGGACCCGGAGCACAGGGCCGGGCCCGAGGGGCGCGCUGGCCUGCGGCGCUGGCGUCUGGCUUCGUACCUCAGUGGCUGCCACAGCGACGGCGCCGGGGAGGAGGGCCUCCCCGCGCCCAUGGACGUGGACGACUACGACGAGGACGUGCUGGCGCCCGGCGCCCGGGACGCGCCCCCGCCCUCUUUCCGCUUGCCCGCAGCCUUGGUGCCCAAGGGGCUGGCGCCCGGCGGUGGCAGCGCCGCUGGCGAGCAGGCGGAGCGCGAGGGCCCCGAAGAGGCGCUGGCCAAGCAGGACUCCUUCCGCUCGCGCCUGAACCCGCUCAUCCAGCGCAGCUCCAGGCUGCGCUCCUCGCUCAUCUUCGCCGCGCAGGCCGAGGGCGCCGGCGGGGCCACCGAGAAGGUGCAGGUGCUGCACAAGGAGCAGACGGUCAGCGAGAGCCUGGGGCCCGGCGGCGAGGCCGUGCGCUCGGCUGCCUCGGCCAAAGUGGCCGAGCUGCUGGAGAAGUACAAGGGCCCUGCCCGUGAGGUGGGCGGGGCAGGGGCCACUGUCGCCAUCUCCAGCCACAGCAAGGCGGUGGUGUCGCAGGCGUGGCGGGAAGAGGCGACGGGCGCGGGGGGCGCGGGGGGCGAGCGGCGCAGCCUGGAGAGCUGCUUGCUCGACCUGCGCGACUCUUUUGCGCAGCGGCUGCACCAGGAGGCGGAGCGGCAGCCGGGUGCUGCGGCGGCCACGGCCACGCAGCUGCUGGACACGCUGGGUCGCGGGGGCGCCGACCGCCUCUCCUUCCGCUUCCUGCCUGCCCAGGGCCGUUCUACCUCCCCGCCGCUGGAGGGGCCCACACGGCUGCAGCAGCUACCCCCCACGGAGCCCAAAGUCAGCCCCACAGUGGCCUACCCCGAGCGGAAGGGCAGCCCCACCCGGAGAGGCAGCCCGACCGCCGGGCUCAAUGAGCCCAAGGCGAGUCCCACCUCCCCCUGUCCGGAGCGCCGGGGCAGCCCCGUGCCACCGGUGCCCGAGCGCCGGGGCAGCCCCGUGCCGCCGGUGCCCGAGCGCCGGGGCAGCCCCGUGCCGCCGGUGCCCGAGCGCCGGGGCAGCCUCACCUUCACCUUCCCCGGGGAGACCCUGAAGCCCGGGCCCCCGGAGGAGGCAGCAGGUAGCCCCGUCGAAGCUCCGCACAAGGGUUCCCUGCGCUUCAGGCAGCUGCUGAGCUCGAAGGGCGGUGACCCGCGCCGCGCAGAGGACGAGACCAGGGGCUUCCCCAUGCCGCAGGAGAACGGGCAGCCUGAGAGCCCCCGGCGGCCCUCGCUGGGCAGGGGAGACAGCACCGAGGCCACAGCCAGCGAGGAGAAGGGCUCGCGCACACGCAUGGCUUCGGCCUCAGCCACGGCCAACGCCUUGUAUAGCAGCAACCUGCGUGAUGACACCAAGGCCAUCCUGGAGCAGAUCAGCGCCCACGGGCAGAAGCACCGCACACCUGCCCCACCGGGCCCUGGCGUGUCCCACAGCAGCCCUGAGCUCAGCCGGCCAACCGCCACGGUCGCGGUCGCCACCGCCAGUGGCCUGGCCCCAGACAUGUCCGACAAGGACAAAUGCUCGGCCAUCUUCCGCUCAGACAGCCUGGGGACGCAGGGCCGGCUGAGCCGCACGCUGCCCGCCAGCGCCGAGGAGCGCGACCGCCUGCUGCGCCGCAUGGAGAGCAUGCGCAAGGAGAAGCGCGUCUACAGCCGCUUCGAGGUGUUCUGCAGGAAGGAGGAGGCGGGUGGCCCGGCGGCCGGGGACGGCCCUGCGGACGACGCCAGGGACAGCAAGGUGGGCAAGUUCAUGCCCAAGAUCCUGGGCACGCUGAAAGGCAAGAAGUGACCACACCUCCCUCCCUGACCAGGGCGCCACCUGCCAGGCCUCC